CCCCACCAACGAAAGGCCCAGCAACUUUUUUUGGACGUCAUCAAACCGCUUGACUCUUCACCCAACUACAAGCCGCCCAAUCCAACUUCUGCCAACCAUGGCCACGGCUACUCUUACGGUCACCGAGCCGUCAAAGAAGAAGGAUAUUCUCCCCGAGAGCGAACGAUUCCUACGAUGCUGUGCCGACGUGGCCAACGCCCUCAUCGAGGACCACGAAGCCACCAAGAAUGGCAAAACAGGCCGUGAUAUCAACUUGAAUUCCCUCCGAUCCAAGUUUGCCAAGAAGCAUAAGCUCGCCAACAUUCCGCCUCUUACCGCCAUUAUUGCCGCUAUUCCCGAACACUAUAAGAAAUACAUCAUGCCUAAGCUCAUUGCUAAGCCUAUCCGUACAUCAUCAGGUAUUGCUGUUGUAGCUGUUAUGUGCAAGCCUCACAGAUGUCCGCAUAUCGCAUACACUGGUAACAUCUGUGUCUACUGUCCUGGCGGCCCCGACUCCGAUUUUGAAUACAGCACCCAAUCAUAUACAGGUUACGAACCAACGUCAAUGAGAGCGAUCCGAGCGCGAUACGAUCCCUUUGAACAGGCUCGCGGCAGAGUCGACCAGCUCAAGUCUCUUGGACAUUCAGUCGACAAAGUCGAGUACAUCAUCAUGGGCGGCACCUUCAUGUCACUGCCUGAGUCAUACCGUGGCGAUUUCAUUUCACAGCUUCACAAUGCCCUGAGCGGAUAUCAGACAUCCAAUGUCGACGAAGCUGUUGAAGCCGGCGAAAUGAGCAAUGUCAAGUGUGUCGGAAUCACGAUCGAGACGAGACCCGACUACUGCUUGCCGCCUCAUCUGUCCGACAUGUUGCGCUACGGCUGCACACGACUCGAGGUUGGUGUCCAGUCGCUGUACGAAGACGUCGCGAGAGACACCAACCGUGGUCAUACCGUUGCCGCUGUCGCUGAAACAUUUUGUUUUGCCAAGGAUGCAGGCUUCAAGGUAGUCUCGCAUAUGAUGCCGGAUCUGCCCAACGUGGGCAUGGAGAGAGACCUGGACCAGUUCCGCGAAUACUUUGAGAACCCUGCCUUCCGAACCGACGGCCUCAAGAUUUACCCUACGCUUGUUAUUCGCGGUACAGGCCUGUAUGAACUCUGGCGUACUGGCCGUUACCAAAACUAUACCCCAAACGGCCUCAUCGACCUGGUGGCGCGAAUCCUAGCGCUGAUUCCGCCUUGGACACGAAUCUACCGAGUGCAGCGAGAUAUUCCCAUGCCCCUAGUCACCUCUGGUGUUGAGAACGGUAACUUGCGCGAGCUUGCACUGGCAAGAAUGAAGGACUUUGGAACAACAUGCCGCGAUGUGCGCACCCGAGAAGUCGGUGUCAAUGAAGUAAAGAACAAGAUUCGCCCGAACCAGAUUGAGCUAGUACGAAGAGACUACACUGCCAACGGUGGCUGGGAAACUUUCCUUGCCUACGAGGACCCCAAGCAGGAUAUCCUUGUAGGUUUGUUGCGCCUGCGCAAGUGUACAGAGAAGUAUACCUUCCGCGAAGAGCUCACUGGCCAACCAACAAGCAUGGUUCGUGAACUACAUGUUUACGGUACCGCUGUGCCCGUUCACGCCCGUGACCCACGCAAAUUUCAGCACCAAGGUUUCGGUACGCUUCUCAUGGAAGAAGCGGAACGGAUUGCCCGUGACGAACAUGGUAGCGAGAAGAUUAGCGUCAUCUCGGGUGUCGGCGUGCGCAGCUACUACAAGAAGCUUGGUUACUGGCUAGAUGGGCCGUACAUGAGCAAAUGGCUCGAUGGCCGUCCUGGGCCAGAGGAAUAGACCCGUAUAACGGAGAUUCACGAGUUGAUGCAUAUAUGGAGUUGGACUGUCUUUUUUUACGGAUUUUGGUGCUUAAGGCGUACACUAUUAAGGUCAUAUACAUAGACUGGAAAAAUAUAAAUACUUCACGCGGAUACCUUGUAUUUGAUGGAAUGAUCAUUGUAAGUAGCAGCAUUCUGGUAGGAAACUUCCGCUACUCGCCUGUACGUAGGCACUAAAUCACAGGGCCUGCACUGGCGAUACACAAGAGGCGCAUUGAUGAAAACAAAAACAAUAGAAGCAACAAGCGUUGUUUAGAUAGGGUACUCAACUUCUCAGCUGCCAAAAAAUAAUGCAUUGCCAGACUCGAUUGUGAGGUGGUCAAAAAUGCAAAAAGAAUCGACGGAAAUGGGAUUCGAACCCAUGCUCCCGAGGGAAAUGCCUU